GAGAAAACAUAAAAUAAGCUCGGGUGGUCCAUGUGAACUCAUUGGUGUGUUGCCUUUGUUUGGUCCUCCAAGACAUGAUAGUGCAUACAUGUGUAUUAGAAGAGCUUCAGACUUCGGUGUCAACAUCCAGAUGAUCACUGGUGAUCAACUUGCUAUCUCCAAAUACACUAGACGUAGGCUCAGUAUGGGAUCAAACAUGUAUCCAUCAGCAUCAGCUUCUCUACUUGGCAAUCAAAAGAUGAAAGCCUAGCUGCUGUUCCCAUUGUACAGUUGAUUGAUAAAGUUGCUGGCUUUGCUGCUCUCUUCCCAGCCAGAGCACAAGUACAAGAUUCUGAAAAAGUUGCAAGAGUUGAAACAUAUAUGUAGAAUGACUGGUGAUGGAUGCUCCUAAUUUGAAGAGAGCCAAUAUUUGUAUCGCUGUUGCUGAUGCUACAUACUCUGCACGAGGCGCUUCUGAUAUUUUUAGCCUUGACUCAUUGUUAACCACUCGAAUAUAAUGAAGAACUACAAAAUUUAUUCAGUCUCAGUCACCAUUCUUAUAGUGGAAUAAUCAUGACUAUCUCAAAGGACAAAGUCCUGCCUUAUCCUACACCAGAUAGUUGGAAAAUUAAAUAAAUCCUUGCAACUGGCAUUGUCAUUGCAGGCUACAUGGCUUUAGUGACCAUCUUUUUCUUCUACACUGCUUACAGAACCAACAUCUUCCUGGCACAACAAGGAGAGGUUGCUAUGGAGGCAAACCUGGCUGAGCCUGGUUAUUCUCUUGAGCUUUCAUCACCUAUUCCUAUUGGCUACCCAAGAGCGACACUUAAAUUCCCAUUAGGCGAAGUUUCGAUGCAAGAGAGAGAAGAGGAGGAGGAGGAAGAGGAGAAGAAUAAGAGAAUGUUAUCUGUUAAUGGGAUCCUCAAACGUCAAGUUAUGGAUGGUGUUUGUUCCGCUCUAUACACAGAUGAAGAGUUGAGGCUGAGAUAUGCUUAUAAGGAUGAUGCAUUGUCUUUCAUCCCAACAAUCUCCCUUCCUUCCAAUGCUGCUUCAUUUGCAUUCAAGCGCAGGAUUAUCCCUUCAGAUAAGUUGAGCUACUGGUACAAGUUUGAUUCAAACAUGUGGAGUGCUAUUUACAAACGCACAUAUGGUAAAGACUACAAGUUCAAAGCUGGCUAUGAUUCUGAAGUACGCCUUGCCUGGGUUUCUCUCUGGGUGGGGGAUGAAGCUGGGAAAGUGAAAUCGACGCCAAUGAAGAUGAAAGUGCAGUUCAUGCUUCAAGUUCCACAAGAUGACAUCAAAACCUCAGUCUUGAUGUUCCGAGUCAAGAAAAGAUGGGACAUUUGAAUGAAAAAACAAAAAAUCUACGAUUACAGUCUCAUUUUACACUUUUGCAUACUGUCUCUCUGUAAUACUUUAGUAAAACCGCUGUAAUAAAGAUUAGUGUAAACCUUCUUUUGAAAUUUGCAAAUUGUCUUCCUUCA